AUGUUCCCCUACCUGCACUUCGCUCAGUUCCAGUCAACCGACCAUCACCAGCGGCAACGGGAAAUGGAUGACGUCGUCAAGGAAUGUCGCGUCUUCCCGGGGAGCCUUUUUGGUUCUUACGAGGAGGUGUAUUCGAUCCAGAAGACGACCACAUCUAAUGAUACAAGGCUUCCAUCAAACAGACAUGCUGGAUACAUCGUUAUUGGCUUCAAGCUCCUCGACGAUUCCUCCAAGAUACAACGUAAAGGAGCCCAAAAAAGGCAUGCGACUGAUCUUGAGCUGUCACCCACUCCUGCAUUUGACCUCGUAAUCACAUGGCUGGUUGAUGGAGAACGAAUCUUCGCCUUCUCAUCUCAGGAUGAUGCUUAG